AUGGCUGGACCCCCUUCCUACCACGCCGAUCCAAACUUGACAUCACACCCAUCCCCUCCAUCCGUAUCGUCCCAGUCGAACGUAGUAUUUACUCCAAGCGCUACAUCUGUUGCCGAUUCUUCAGAUAAUGAAUUUGACCCUACGCCUACACAUAGCCCGGGAGGCCCCCAAUAUGAUGACCUGCCACCAUCUUACGAUGACGCGAGGCAUCAGGCUUUUCACGAUGCACGCAAUGGCAUUGCCCCUGUAGACCCAAACCAAAUCGAGGCCCAUCGAAUUACCCGUAACGAAGGACCAAAUGAGCCUGAGAUUUGGGAGUACAGAAUCAGAGGAGAGCAGACGGACCCCGCGAGUGAACAGGAACAUGCUCCAGACUAUGCAAACCAUAGGAGCGACAAGGCCACCAGUGUUCCCGUCCAGCAGGUCAGCUCCACAGAGAACAUUCCAGUUGGGCGCAUGGGUAGCGAGUUCCGUUCACCUCAGACUUCCAACGACCUGGCUUCUGCUAUGCUUAGCCAGGCUCUGGAGUUUACUCGCCACCAACCCGAUCCCGCUGCACGCUAUGCGCCACAUCUGAAUAGGAUCAUUGCUAUCCCUGGCGAGGGAGGUUCUGAUAGGCCUUCUGGAGAGCAUGAGCAGUUUCUGUGCGCGUACACCCAAACACUACAUGGGCAUGGAGUUGACCCAGACCAAUUCUUGAACUUCCUGCGUGGUCUCAAUGCCCUGCUCAGAUCGACCAACACGACAGCUACUGAUCUACUACACGAAUCAACGUACGGAAAUGAAUCUUCGAGCCUUGUCAGUCAGUAUAUCAGAGGAGCUAAUGAGGCAUUUUUCGCUCCACGGGGCUUGGGAGUGUUAUUCCGCAGUGAAGCAGCGAUUCUUGCAACUCUGCCUAUUCCUUCAGGACCAGGGCAACGGGCUGCAGUUGCUAGCCGUCUUUUGGAAGAGCCUAGAUCUGCUGCUCUACGCGCGCAAAGAUUGACUCCAUGGAUCGAGCCGCUCAAUACCGAGAAGCUGCCAUCGCCAAAUGAGCACAUUCACAGGCUGCACGAAAUGGGAGAGCGCUUCUCCCGUCAAACAGCUCCUGUGAACACAUACGACGAUCCACCACACUCAGUCCCGACAACAUCGGAAGAAGCUCAUUACGGACAUGGCCAGCAAUCUGGCGGCCCGGCAGGAAAUUGGUCGCCUUUUGGCGCACCGAGACGUGGACCAUUUGGUGCAUUUGGCAAUGUACCGCUUGGUGGCUUUGGUAAUGCUCCCUUUGGGCGUCCAGGUCGAGGGCCUUUAGGCGCCGCUGGAAAUGGGCCGCGUUUCAGGCGUGGUCGUGGGCAUUGUGGUGCAGCGGGGCCAUCACGACAAGGAGACUACUCAAUCGGAAAAGAAUGGGCAGAAGUAGGCAAAGAGAUUGGGAAGAUUGGAGAGGAGUUUGGCAAGAUGAUGGGUGAUUUGGGCAUGCAAUUUGGUCAGCGUGCAAGCAGAUUGGGUACGGAUAUUGGACGAACGGCCAGCGGCAGCAACUCCCGACAGCAGGGCAUUCCUAGGCCUACGACCUAUGGACAGGCACGCAAUGAUCUACCGCCAUCGUAUCAGCCUCCAUCCGGUCAAGAAACUGGUACCAUACCUGGUGAUCACAAGAUCCAAACAGAUUACGCGGCUCCGCAGAGGGAAAAGGGGAAGGGCAAGAAAAAGUAUGUGGACGACUCGGACUCGGACACAUCCUCGCUCUCCUCAGACAGCUCCGACUCUGAUUCCGACAGCGACUCAGACGAUGAAGAGUUCUACGACGCCGAAAGCACCUUUUCCAAACGUCUACGCUCCAUUGACGAAAUGGCUGCAGAAAGUGCUGCAAAAGGCACCAAGACGCCUGAAGAAAUCUCACGCGAACGUGCCUCUGCUAUCAACAAGCUCGAACAAGACAAGCAGAAACUCGCGAACAAAUUCGCAGCCAAACAGUCCAAGCGUGCUGCGAUGCGUGAGGUGAAGAAGCGUAGUCGCGAACUAAAGAAGCAGCAUCGCCAGCGCAAGAGGGAGCUUCGCGCUGCUUCUGGUCCAAAGGGCAAGGGCAAGGCGAAGAAGAGCAAGGAGUGGAAGGAGCAGAAGAAGGCGUACAAGGAGAAGAGGAAGGGGUUGAGAAAGGAGAAGCUGGCGGUGAGAAAGGAGUGGCGUGAGGCAAGGAAAGAGUGGCGCGAAGCUAGGAAUGCGACUCGCAAGGGCAAGGCGGGGGCGGCUGACACGAGGAGUGUUGAGGAGGGAGAUCAAGAUCAGCUGGUUUGGCUGGUGAUUGAGAAUUUGGGACCUUAG